GAGUUUGCCCCGUCUCGAUCUCUCCUCCCCUCCCUCUUUCUCCCCCCUCUCUCCUCGCCUCUGUUUUGAGUGGUCACCGGGUUAGCAUUUUAUUUAGGAAGCAUUUUGUCUUGCUGGGGAGAAGAGAAAGGGGCCGCUAUUCCGUUGUAGGGCUGGUUAGAUUGAGGCGGGCUAUUUUGGGGGAGCCAUCAGACGGAGAGCGAGAGCGAGAGAGAGAGCACGGCACCGCACACAGAGAGAAGCACAGAUUUCAGCGGUGCUCUAUAGGAGUCUACUCUGAGACUCGCGCAACAGAUUUGUAUGCGUGGAAGGGAUCUUAGAUAACUCACUCUCACUUUGGAUGUUGUGUUCUCUAGUAGAAAUGACUGCGGAACGCAACCUGCUUUUUUUAAUGCUCAAACGUGUUUAAAUGGGGAUAUCUAGCCUUUGGAGAAUGCGCUGCGAUUAGCCUAAUGACUGUCGUCGGGGCGCAGUGGAUUCGUUAAAUUCAUUAGGCUACAAUAACGGAAUCAGUACUGGCUGCGUAAAGGAGCUAUUUUGGAACUACUUUCAGAAUCACCCAAAGGGAUUACUUUAAAGAUGGAACCUGGAAAAAUCAUCUGCGUAUUUUAUAUCCGAAUAUGGAUACUUCUCGCCGUUAUGGCGCUGGCCACGCAAAACGUCAAAGGUAAAACAUUAAAAUAUCAAGUUUACGAGGAACAGAAAGUGGGGACUGUUAUUGCGCGGCUUAAAGAAGACGUGGCUGAUGUUUUGGUCAAACUCCCAACUUCUGUGUCUUUGCGCUUCCGAGCCAUGCAGAGAGGUAGCACGUCUUUCCUAUCCGUGCGCGAGCAGGACGGAGAGAUCAGCAUCCGUUCCAAAAUAGACCGAGAGAAGCUCUGCGAGAAGAACCUCAACUGUUCCAUUGAAUUCGACGUUCUGACUCUUCCAACAGAACACUUGCAGCUCUUCCACGUCGAGGUGGACGUGUUGGACAUUAAUGAUAACGCGCCCCAGUUCGCCCGCGCCGUAAUCCCCAUCGAGAUCUCCGAGAGCGCGGCAGUUGGGGCGCGCAUUCCCCUGGACAGCGCGAGUGACCCCGACGUCGGGGAGAACUCCCUCGAUACUUACUCCCUCGAGCCCAACAACUACUUCAAGAUUGACAUUCAGAGCAGAACGGACGGGGCUAAGUACUCGGAGUUGGUGGUGCUAAGGGAGCUCGACAGGGAGAUGCAGCCAGGUUAUGAACUUCAGCUGACGGCCUCCGAUAAGGGCGUUCCCCCUAAAUCCGGUUCUACUCUCCUCAAAAUUAGCGUGGCAGAUUCAAACGACAACAGUCCUAUUUUCGAACAGUCUUCAUAUGUGAUUCAUCUAUUGGAGAAUUCACCUGUUGGAUCUCUUCUUAUUGACCUGAAUGCGACUGAUGCAGACGACGGAACCAACGCCAAAAUCGUCUACUCCUUUAGCAGUCACGUGUCCCCGAAAAUCGUGGAAACGUUCAAGAUCAACUCGGAUAAUGGCCACCUGACGCUCAUGAAGCGCGUGGACUUUGAAAGCGCGACAUCAUAUGACAUCGAUGUCCAAGCUCAGGAUAUGGGCCCCAACUCCAUGCCAGCACACUGCAAGAUCUUCAUCAAGGUAGUGGACGUAAACGACAACAAACCAGACAUCAGCAUCAAUCUGAUGUCCCAAGGGGACAGAGGCAAGGAGGACGCGGCCUAUAUCUCCGAGGCCGCUCCAUUGGAUUCCUUCGUGGCCUUAGUAAGAGUGGAGGACCUAGAUUCCGGUCUGAACGGAGAGGUUGUGUGUAAACUACACGGCCAGGGGAGUUUUAAACUACAGAAGACCUACGAGAACAACUACAUGAUCCUCACUAACGUGUCGCUGGAUCGGGAGAAGAGGUCAGAGUUCAGCUUGACGGUUAUCGCCGAGGACCGCGGCACGCCCAGCCUCUCGACCAUCAAGCACUUCACCGUACACGUGCUGGAUGAAAACGACAACGCUCCACGCUUCCAGAAGGGACGCUAUGAGGUGUUCAGAUCAGAGAACAAUGCCCCUGGGGCCUACCUCACGUCGCUAUUGGCAACCGACCCCGACCUGGACGCCAACAGCCAGGUGAGCUACUUCCUGGUGGAGAACACCGUUCACGGGAGCUCCAUCUCCACCUUUGUCACCAUAGACCCGUCCAACGGCGCUGUUUACGCCCUCCGCACGUUCGACCGCGAGGACGUCAGCCGGAUAUCCUUCGUAGUCCAGGCCAAGGACGCCGGGGAACCCUCGUUGCUGAGCAACGCCACCGUCAUCCUGACAAUCCUGGACGAAAACGACAACCCGCCGGUCAUCGUGGUUCCGCAGCUCUGGAACCUCACGGCCGACGUCCCCGUCUCCAAGUACACCGAGGCCGGUAGCCUGGUUACGGCCGUCAGGGCGACCGACCGAGACACCGGCGUCAACGCAGAACUCACGUGUUCAAUCACUGCCGGCAACGAGGAAGGCUUCUUCUCUAUGGAUCCCAGAACGUGCGAUAUCAGCGCCAACGUUAGCCUCGACAUGUUUCCCCACGAGUUUGCGGAGCUCACCGUGUUAGUCAGUGACCACGGUUCCUUGCAACAGACCACCAAGGCCAUCCUAAAAAUCAGCCUCUAUGAGAACAUGGAGGGCCACGUGCAGGUGCUGGACCAGGGGGAGACGCCGCUCGACGCCUCCCUCAUCAUCAUCAUGUCCCUGGUGGCCAUCUGCACUAUGCUCCUGGUCAUCAUGGUCAUGUUCGCUGCCCGCUGCAACCGAGAAAAGAAAGAUACCAGGAACUCGUACAACUGCAGGGUGGCAGAGACCAACCACCAGCAUCACCCUAAGAAACCGUCGCGGCAGAUCCACAAGGGUGACAUCACACUUGUUCCCACGGUGAAUGGGACUCUACCAAUCAGAGCGCACCACCGCUCACCCUCGGCCACACCCCCCAUGGACCGGGCGCCAAUGGGAAGCCGGCAGAACCACCACAGCCACCAGUCACUGAAUAGCCUGGUGACGAUAUCGUCUAAUCAUAUCCCGGAGAGCUUCGCCCUGGAGUUGGCCCACGCUACGCCACCCGUCGAGCAAGUCUCACAGCUUCUGUCCAUGCUUCAUCAGGGCCAGUACCAGCCUAGACCCUGUUUCCGUGGCAACAAAUACUCCAGAAGCUACAGGUAUGCAUUGCAGGACAUGGACAAGUUCAGCUUGAAGGACAGUGGUCGUGGGGACAGCGAUGCGGGGGACAGCGACUAUGAUAUGGGACGAGAGUCCCCCAUCGACCGUCUGCUGGGGGAUGGCUUCUCUGAGCUCUACCACCUGGACAUGCUCCACAGACUACACCCAGCUAUGCGCCUAUGCACUGAGGAGUGUCGUGUGUUGGGCCAUUCUGACCAGUGCUGGAUGCCUCCCCUGGCCCUCUCCCUGUCCUCCCCGGCCUCCUCCUCCUCUGACUACCGUAGCAACAUGUUUAUCCCAGGGGAGGAGUCCUCUAACCAGCCCCCCCACCUCCUCGAUGACGACCAGGCUUCCAUCGAUUCCUCGGAGCGCAGGAAGAGCUUCUCCACCUUCGGGAAGGAGCCCGGGAGUUCUGAGGAGGGAGGGGUCAGUGAAGGGAGUUCCUUGCUUUCGGAGAUGAACGGAAUCUUCCAGCGCCUGCUCCCUCCGUCACUGGACUCAUACGCCGAGUGCAGCGAAAACAACGUUGCUGCCGCGGCAACGGAAAGAGGAAGUGGAAAGGGUGGCCACGCCAAGGUGCUGUUACCGGGCGGCAACAACACCAAAGGCCCCGCCUCCUACCCGGCGGGCGUGGCGGCGUGGGCGGCUAACACCCACUAUCUGAACCCCGGAGGCGGAGCUGUCGGCCAAAGCCCAUCAAGUUACAACACCAACAACCUCACCAACAUGGCCGCCUCGUCCACCUCCUCUUCCUCCUCUAACCAGCCACCACACCUAAGAUGGCUGCCUGCCAUGGAGGAGAUCCCAGAAAACUAUGAGGAGGAUGAGCUGGAGAUGUUAGGGAUGGGGUUCCUGGGGGGGAAGCAGAGCAGGGACAGACACCAUGACAUGAUGGACGCUAGUGAGUUGGUCACCGAGAUUAAUAAACUACUUCAGGACGCCAGGCAGACCUAGAGAGAGACGGAGAGAGAGAGAGACGGAGAGAGAGAGACAGUGAGAGAGAGAGAGAGAGAGAGAGAGAGAGAGAGAGAGAGAGAGAGAGAGAGAGAUGGAGAGAGACGGAGAGAGCGAGAGACGGAGAGAGAGAGGGAGAGAGAGAGAGAGAGAGAGAGAGAGAGGGGAGAGAGAGAGAGAGAGAGAGAGAGAGAGAGAGAGAGAGAGAGAGAGAGAGAGAGAGAGACAGGGAGAGAGAGAGAGAGAGAGAGAGAGAGAGAGAGAGAGAGAGAGACAGAGAGAGAGAGAGAGAGAGAGAGAGAGAGAGAGAGAGAGAGAGAGAGAGAGAGAGAGAGAGAGGGAGAGACAGAGAGAGAGAGAGAGAGAGACAGGGAGAGACAGAGAGAGAGAGAGAGA